AUGGCACUACCAAAACGCAACCUCGGCAAGAAUGGCCCCCUCAUCAAUGCCAUCGGAUUUGGCACCAUGUCCAUUGGUGGCGCUUACAGUGAUCCGAACGGUAGGGAGGCCAAUCUAGCACUCCUCGAUGAGGCAUAUCGCGUCGGUCAGUGGUUUUGGGACACAGCAGAUAUCUAUCGCGACAGUGAGGAGACGAUCGGCGAAUGGUUUGCACGCAACCCGGAGAAGAGGAAGGACAUCUUCCUUGCAACGAAAUUUGCCUUGUCCUACGAUAUGACAACUUGGCAGCAGUUUGUCAGCAAUGACCCGGAAUACAUUCGCAAGGCCUGCGCAUCGAGCUUGAAGAAGCUCCAGGUUGACAGCAUUGACCUUUACUAUGUGCACCGAAUUGACCCAAAGGUCCCUAUUGAGACGACCAUGAAGACUCUGGUAGAACUCAAGAAUGAGGGCAAGAUCAAGCACAUCGGUCUCUCGGAGGCAUCUGCAGCGACUCUUCGGCGCGCUGUUGCCGUGCAUCCGGUCGCGGCUCACCAGAUCGAGUACAGCGCAUUCACUCUGAACCCAGCGGAGGAGCUCCUAUCUGUUCACCGCGAGCUAGGUAUCACGACUGUUGCCUACUCACCUAUUGGGCGCGGCUUUCUGACUGGUCAAGUCAAGUCAAUGGACGAUCUCCAAGGAUUCAACAAAAUGGUAUCACGGAACAAUGAAGAAAACUUCAAGAAGAUUCUCGAGCUGGUCCACAAGUUCGAAGAGGUCGCCAAAUCACACGGCGCGAAGCCAUCUCAAGUCGCUAUUGCUUGGCUUUUGGCACAGGGCGAGGACAUCAUCCCAAUUCCUGGCACCAAAUCAGCAAAUCUUUGCGAGCAGCAGCUGAAGCAACGGUACUGGAAGGCAGCCGGUAUCCUGACAUGA